CGGCCAGUGUGAGACGAAAGAGUCUGGGGAAAAUGUGGAAGAACGGAACAAAGGCAGUAAAGAAAUCGAAACGCAGCAAGAAAGAGGGAAACACAGGAAAAGGCGAAGACGAGAAAACGAAAGGAGAAGACACAGCGAGCGGAGGAGAGAAGCAAAGCCAGUGGGAGAGUGUGAUGAGAAAGCCGAACAGAGGAAGUGAAGAAUCCGCAGAAUAUGAAAGCGGAAUGAUGAAAAUUGAUGACAGCGACAGUGCGAAAGAGAUGACGAACGAAGAGAAAGAGAGCGAGUCUGAGGAAGGAGUAGCUGGAGAAGAACAAGGAGAGAGAACGAAUGAUGAUGCUGUAGAAGGGGAUGAAGAAGAGAAGGAGAAGGAAAGAGAGAUAAUGGAAAGUGAAUCUACAAAAGAUAGCAGUGAUAGUAGCGAGAAAAUUUACGAAGAAUCAGAAGAAACGACCCAGAGUGAAGGAGACAAUUUGGAUGAAAACAAUGCAAAGAAACCUGAGGAAGAAACAGGAGAUGUAGAAAGAGAACAAAUCGAUAAACCAGAAGAAAAUGCUCAAUAUAGAGGAGUAUCAGAGGAUGAAUUUUACGAGUCUGUCAUUGAAUUCCCGAAGGAAACAACAGCGGACAAGGAGGCAGAUAUAUCGGGCUACGAUCAUGAUAAGGAAGGAAAGAGGAAUGAAGAAACUAGCGAAAUUUCGACUGAAAAUGGAGAAAGGGAACCACUCGAAACAAAAACAGAAGAGGAAACAAGUAACGAAAAGGAAGAGAAAGAAGUUGAUGAUGAAAUAUUGGUGAAAAAUGGAGAGAUAGAAGAAAAAGGAGAAAGAGGAUUGGAUGAUCAGAAGGAAGCAGAGCCUAAAGUAGACGAAAAGAAGGAGGAGGAAGAAGACGAAGAGCAGAAGAAAGGAAAAACUAAUGAAAUGAAUAAGGAGGAUGAAGUAGUUGAAGAAUAUAUGGAAGUGGCAAAUCUGGACGAAGAGAAGAAUAAACUGUAUGAAAAGGAGGAGUUGGAAAAAGUGGAUAAAGAAUAUGACGAGGCGACCCACGAAAGAAUCCCUGAUAUAGAGAAAGAGGAAGAGGGCAAAUCCUCAGAAAACAAUCCUGACAUAGUCAAAAUAGAGGAUAAUAAAUCAGAUGAAAGUCAGAAUAACGAAGAAACACUGAUGGGGAAAAUGAUCCAAACAGGAGGACAGGAAGAGGAAGGAGAGCCUGAAGAGGAAAGCAAUAUCGUGGUCAAAGAGGGAGAGGAAGAGAUAGACGAGGAGAAAGAAACGAGCGUAGGAAGUUCAGACGAACAGGAAGAAGUGCGAUACGUUGUCGAGAAAAUCUUCAGCGCGAGAAGACGCGAAUUGGUGAUCCGUGUGAACGACGUAAACGCAGAAGAAGAAAAAGUCGGAGCGAUUGAAUGCAGCGAGACCAAACUUUUCAUCGAGCCCAGUACAAAGAAGGGAGACGAGGGAGACGAGGAGGGAAGAGAAGGAGAACAAGAAGAAGGGGCGAAUCAACUGCCAAAAACUGGGCUAAAAGAAAUAGACUUGAGGAAUGACACCGUGGACGGAAGUGCGGAAAUAAUGACCGAGGAAAUCAAGGGAAGAGAAUGCAAUAGCAACAAUUUAUGAAAAUAAGAUAGAAGUAUCAUGUUUAUCUUUGGAAAAUACAACAGUCGAGGAGGAAAAGGAAAACGACGAAGUAACUGAAGAUCCGAACGAGGCAGUUGAGAAAGAUAUGACAGAGUCGAUGGAAAAGAACCACACAAGCGCGGAGGAUAAGGAAGGAGAAUUAAACGAGGAAGAGCCAGCAAAGAUAGCGACGUGGAGGAAAGAGAUAAAUAAGCACGAAGUCAGAGAAGAGGAACAUGUUACUUUCUCGAAGGAAGGAGGAAGUGAAACAACAGAGGAUUACGAAGACGCCUUAACAGAGAUCGAAGACGAUUACCCUGCGAACGCCAAGAAACCCGAAGUCAUACAAGAACAAGAAGACGACGAAGUAGAAGACUCGGUGAUUAGCGAAGAGGUAAUCAUCCACGAAGGCUGGACUGACAUCGUUAUUGAGCAAAGGGAAGAGAGUGAGGAACCAGAGGACAUCGCAGAAAACAACGGGCAAUGGGGCCUAGAGUGGGUUCAGAGGAGGAGGUCCUUCGAGACCCAGACCUUCAGUGUCGUGGAGGAGGAAGAAGUUGGAGCGGAGAAGAACGAGGAUUCGGACAUGUCGGUCCCUGGUCAAGAAGGGGAAAGCACAGCAGCGGAAGAGGAAACUGGAUGGACGCUAGUAAACCUUGAAUCCGAUGACAAGACUGAGAAAAGUGAAACUGAAAGCAUUUUAAAAGAGGAGAGUAAAGAUGAGGUCAUAGUUUACAAUAAUGAAACACAAAAUAAAAGCGAAAUGAAGGAAAGCGUCGCCACUCAGAAUAGGAAAGACGGCACCAUAAGUGGAG